AUGGCCCACCAAACUUCCGUCCUCCGAGCCCUCUCUCUCAUCAUCUACAACUUCUCCUUCUACUUCCUCUACCUGAUCCUUUUCUCCUUCCUCGUCAUAACCCCCCUUGAUCUAAUCUUGCAAGCCUCCGAUCACCAUCGCAAAGCCGACAUCUUCGUCAUCGUCUUGGGCUAUGCCGUCACCGUCGUCAUCAUCACCUUUAUCUAUGCCGCGCGUCUGUACAUCCACCGCUCCGUACUCGCGUCUAUCCCCAAGGGUUGGGUCCCGGUCGAGAAAGGGGAUGUGCCAGAUGAGGUGAGGGAUGUGAUUGCGCAAGAUUUGGGGAGGAGUGCUGCGAUUGCGUGGGAGGCGAGGCCGAGGGUUGAGCAUUUCAAGGAGGGAAUAAGGAAGAGCGCGCACCAGCAACAGCCAUCGCCGUCCAUGUAUACGCCCAACGAUGAUGUUUCUCAGGAUGUGAACCCAAACCCCGCGACCGUCACACUCCAUCCCGCGACCAGGCCACUCCAUCAGCUGUGGGCACACAUCCAGCACCCCGGCUGGUCCCCCCCAAUCCCUCUGCCUUCAACCCUCGACGCCCCGGCUACCCCCGACCCGUUGUUGCGUCCGAAUUUGAACUACGAAACCGUCAUUGCUGAGCUUCCUGCUCUGAUUGAGGCCAAGGCGCUGACGCUGCUCUCACAAACCUCCUCCUCAUCGCAUGGUGAUGGCGAUGGGCACGAGCAUGAGGGGGUCAAUCCCGCCAUGGCAGCCCCGUUACUCCAACGCCCUGAAGCGAUGACAUUACGAGAGUACUUAGGGAGGCUGGUCGAGUUGGGCGUUCUGGACUCGGACGCCGUGACCGUUACCAACCACCCAGAUGAUGGGGUUGACGAAGGAGAAGAUGUGCUGACCUCGUUCCUGCACCGCUGGGAAGCAGCGCGUUUCGGACCCCGUCCUGUCACGGCGGCUGAGUUCAAAACGCUCAUGCGGGCUUUUGCCGGGGUGUUAAGGGCUAUGAGGGGAGUUCCAGCGGAGGAGUUGUUGGAGAGGGGGUUUGGGGAUGACGAUGAGGACGAUGAAGAGGAGGGUGUGACCGACUAUGAGGAGGAUGAGGACCAGCAGCAGGGAGAGGAGCAGCCGCAAGAGGGAAGCGACGAACCGGAAGAAAGCGAAGGGAACAUCGACAGCGAUGCCCCCAGAGGAACAAGCGUAUCCAGCGAUGCCGCCGAGCGUGAUCCCCAGUCCCAAAGGGAGCUGCGGAACAGUGGCACGACAAAAUCGACCUGGAGCAGGAAGUUCCGCAGAAGAAGUGUGUCCAGCGGGAGCACGACGUUUAGUUCCAGCUCCAGUGUUUCUUCCAUGGAUUCAGAAAAAGAAGCAGAGGAGGAAGAGGAGGAGAAGGAGUAG